AUGGCUUCCGUCUCGCAGGUUGUCACUCUCCCUCUUCCCGCCCUUCCCGAGGGCUGGGCUGCCGACAAGGACUUCAAGGCCGUCGGCAAGCUCUCCGGAGCUGUCCAGCGCAGCAUCGAGCCUGUUGGACCGCAUUUCCUGGCUCACGCCCGCCGAGCUCGUCACAAGCGCACCUUUUCCGAGGAUGACCGGAUCCAGGCCCAGGAGAGCGCCAAGAACGUCGAGGAUGUUGAUGAUGGCGAUGAGAGCGAGCCUGAGGACCCCAUGAUGCUUCAGAGCCAGGCCAAGGACUGGAAGACUCAGGACCACUACAAGGUUCUCGGCCUGUCCAAGUACCGCUACAAGGCCACCGAGGAGCAGAUCAAGAAGGCCCACCGCAAGAAGGUCCUCAAGCACCACCCCGAUAAGAAGGCUGCCCUGGGCCGUGCCGAGGACGACCAGUUCUUCAAGUGUAUCCAGAAGGCCACCGACAUUCUGCUCGACCCCAUCAGACGCCGCCAGUUCGACUCCGUCGAUGAGGAGGCCGACGUCGAGCCCCCCACCAAGAAGCAGCUGCAAAAGGGCGACUUCUACAAGCUCUGGAGCAAGGUCUUCAAGUCCGAGGCUCGUUUCUCCAAGACACACCCCGUCCCCACCUUUGGCGAUGCCAACGCCACCAAGGAGCACGUCGACGAAUUCUACAACUUCUGGUACAACUUUGAUAGCUGGAGGAGCUUCGAGUACCUCGACGAGGAUGUCCCCGAUGAUGGCGAGAGCCGUGACCACAAGCGCCACGUCGAGCGCAAGAACCAGAACUCUCGCAAGAAGAAGAAGGCCGAGGACAACGCCCGCCUGCGUAAGCUGCUAGAUGACGCUUCGGCCGGUGAUGAGCGUAUCAAGCGCUUCCGACAGGAGGCCAACGCCGCCAAGAACAAGAAGAAGUUUGAGAAGGAGGCUGCCGAGAAGAAGGCGGCCGAGGAGGCCCAGGCCAAGAAGGAGGCCGAGGAGAAGGCCAAGGCUGACGCCGAAGCCGCCGCAAAGGCUGAUCGUGAGGCCGGCAAGAAGGCCAAGGAGGCCGCCAAGAACGCCGUCAAGAAGAACAAGCGUGUGCUCAAGAGCUCCGUCAAGGACGCCAACUACUUUGCCUCUGGCGAUGCCUCUGCCACCCAGAUCGACGCCGUCCUGGGCGAUGUCGAGCUGGUGCAGGGCAAGAUUGAUCCCGAUGAGAUUGCUGCUCUUGCCGGUAAGCUUAACGGCCUGACGGUGGCGGACGAGAUCAAGGGAGUUUGGGCCGCGGAGGUUAAGAGGCUUGUUGAUGCUGGCAAGCUGAAGGAGGGAGAGGCCAAGACUCUGGUGUAA